GGGCGGGAACGGAGUAAAAUCCGCUGAGUUGCGUGGUGCUGUGGUGCGCGCUGGUACCUGCGGAAGCGGAACGCGGGUGCGCACCUCCGGUGUUGGGAACUGUCUGCAGUGUCACAGGCAGAGCAGGGACAGGGUAGGCUUGUGCAGGCAACACCUUCCUGAGCCUGUGAGUCAUCCAGGACUGGCUGUGGCUGAUAUUUGAGGCCCUAGGGUGGCCCUGCUGGAUAUGCAGAGUUAGACAUCUGGAUCUGCUGCGUCUUCCUUGUGUUCUCUGCAAUCUGCCAAGACAAGGAUAACGGUUGUGGUCAUAGAACUAUGUCCAAGCUUGACUGGAAACAGGUUUUGCCAUCACUUAUGAUGCCUUGGACACAAGACCAUGUUUCCUCCCAGGAAGAAGUGAAGCAGGCCUUGGGUCCCCAGGGCGAAGGGGCGUCCAUUCACCAAGAGAUGCCAGGGAAUGCAGGCAGAAGGGCGUGCAGGGCUCUGGGUGUUUGGAACUGUCUGCAGUGUCACAGGCAGAGCAGGGACAGGGUAGGCUUGUGCAGGCAACACCUUCCUGAGCCUGUGAGUCAUCCAGGACUGGCUGUGGCUGAUAUUUGAGGCCCUAGGGUGGCCCUGCUGGAUAUGCAGAGUUAGACAUCUGGAUCUGCUGCGUCUUCCUUGUGUUCUCUGCAAUCUGCCAAGACAAGGAUAACGGUUGUGGUCAUAGAACUAUGUCCAAGCUUGACUGGAAACAGGUUUUGCCAUCACUUAUGAUGCCUUGGACACAAGACCAUGUUUCCUCCCAGGAAGAAGUGAAGCAGGCCUUGGGUCCCCAGGGCGAAGGAGCGUCCAUUCACCAAGAGAUGCCAGGGAAUGCAGGCAGAAGGGCGUGCAGGGCUCUGGGUAAGUGGUGCAGACACCCUCCAGUGUAUGUCGUGGUGCUGGCUGCGCUUGUGGCUUUGGUCCUGGCUUUGGCAGUGGCUGUUGCUGUGCUGUCAGCAGGAAGAGAUGGAGCGAGUGCAGCUGCGGUGCUGGGCUGUCCUGAUGACUGGGUUGGGUACCGCAAUGUCUGCUACUACCUCUCGAGAGAGGAGGGGAGCUGGGAGUGGAGCCGGGAGCGGUGCUCCUCGCUGGGGGCUUCACUGGCUGUGAUCAAGAGGGAGUGGGAAAUGGAGUUUCUAUCACGGCUCAGGGGCAACAUUGAUUACUGGGUUGGGCUGCGCAGACAGGAUGGGCGCCCGGAGUGGGUGGACGGCAGCAGCUUCAACCACACGAUCCCUUUGAAGGGCCGAGAGCCUUGUUUCUUGCUGAAUUACCCUCAUCUCUUGAGUUCAAACUGUUUGCGGACCCACCAUUAUCUCUGCAGCAAGGCCCAAGCUGUGAUGUCAAAUAGUUGAUGGGGAGAAAGGACCUUCUUCGUGCUGGGAACUCCACAACUUUUCCACUUCUAGUUUUAUAUUUAUAUUUACUAGUGGUGUAUUAGUAUUUUUAGUUUUUUAAACUGUUUUUAUCUCAAUCCAAGUUUCUCCUGUUGCUUUUGAUUCCCUCCCCUGUUGGAGGGGUGAGAGAGAGAGUGUCUGUCGAGGUUUUAUUGCCAGUUCGGGUUAAACCACGAUGGGGGAAAGAAGUGUUUUUUCCUAACUUCUCCUUUUCCCUGCAAGCAGCGUGCCUGUACCCUGCUUUUCCUUUCUCCAGAGGAAAAGCAGCCCUGUGGCCUCGACCAGGUGUUGGGGCUGCUCUCCCUGGCAACUUUGGGGCUGUUUAGCUGCAAUAGUGGCAGGAAGCUCUGGCCCUGCUGGCAGGUCGUACCUUGACAGUGGUCAUCAGUGGUUUGGUUUCCUGUUCCCCCUCCAUGUCCCAGCCCUGUGCCUUCCUGGUUCUUCCGUGACACGGAGGAUGAGGAUGGUUACAUGGUCUUGGGAAGGGGGAAGUCACAGGGAGUUCGGGUUCCCUCCAGGAUGCAGGUAAUGGCGGGUUGUAUCUGUUGGCUUCCCCCCGCUAAACUGGUGUCAGAAAGUAUGGGGGCGCGGGGUGAUAAUAGGUGUGAUGAGAGAAGCAGGGUGAUAUGCCACUCAUCAUUUCUCUGAGGGCUGCUCAGGGCAGGGAAACUGAAGCCUGGGGUGUGGGAGGAGGGUCUGGUGGGGCUUUUCUCCAGGUGUGUGACCCCAAAAGUGGGAGCAGAGGGAUUUUUGGGGGACACUCAGUUCCUCCUGCUGCUGGUCCAUUCCUGGGGUCAUGCCCUUGUGCAGGGGGGGCUGCAGGCAUUUGGAGGGGUCACCCCCCCUGUCCACACUGCUUAGGGCUCUCUGGGGAUGGAGGGGGGUUGACAGAUGCUUAUGAGCUCCCCUUCUCUUUUGGGAACCCCUGUUCCUUUCUGUGGGAUGUGGCCUGCCAGAGCCCCAGGAGAGUUUUGCCCCACAGUGGGUGCAUGUCCCCGCAUCAGCCACCUGACAUCCACACUGUGGGUUGUCUGAAUUUAGAGUUGAUGAGUUAGUUUUCUGUAUUUGGAGUUAAUAGGCUAGUUUGCUGUAUGAAUAAAGUUAAGUGUUGCGGUAGUUGUGAGGCGACUUGGAGGCGGGGCCUGCGCCCUGGAGCGGGGGACAGCUUGUGACUACGAGAUAACGAUCUUGUUACCAUGCGAACACUGCCUGACUAAGAUUCCCACCUUAGCUAGCUUAAUGUCUGUUAAAGUGAUUAGCCAAUCAGCAUGAAACAUGUGUGCCUUAGACUAUAUAAAUGUAUGUUUGCCAUACAAUAAAGCGGACACCUUGCUUGCA